GGUGUAAAAGAGUCAACAGCACGUUUUCAAUUCUAACUAUGUACAGCUAGCUGCCGCUUUGAGGCGGAGAAUCAAUCUACACCGUGGAGCGUUUUCAUUAGAAGCAUGCUUUGUAACACUGGCUGGCGGGAAUCUAAUAGGUUCAAAUAUGUUAGUGAAAGUGUAGUACACUAUUUCCCAAUGAAUAGCGGAUUUUUCACGUGAGUUGUAAGAAUGGUGCGCAUAUUGGGUUCCAAGCUGUUCGCCAGACUGUUGCUGCUCAUAUCGUCCAUCACGCUAAUUUCGCUGAUGGUACUAACUCGCUGCGGCUUGGGAGGACUAAUUGUAAAAGAAAAUGGAUCAAUCGUUAGCGCGUCUGCUAGCGAUGCUGAAGCUGAUGCUGAAAACUACUAUCUUUCUGAUCGAAAACUACCACCAAUGGCUGUCGAAUUCUCCCUACAACAGAACCAUUACCAAGCAGAUGCUGAACAACAGCAGAACGGUUACAUGCAAAUGCUGCAACAACGUGAAGAAGAAAACCUUAAGGAGGUAGCGAAACUGACCGCUGAAAUAAAAGCGUUGAAGCUUCAGAUCUUGCAGUUGAAAAACGGGCUAACCAACGCCGGAAUGGGCAUGGUUCAACCAAACGUUGUUGAGGCAGCAGUCUCUUUGUCAAACGAUAGUAGCGCAAUAGUUGCUAAUGCUCCUCAAACAUCGCAAAUGUUACACGACUGCACGGCGUUCAUACGACGUCAAGUUGGUUCAGCCGAAAUACUGCACGGCUUACCUCUAAACAAUGAGUACGAACUAAUCCCGUUCAACCACUUCACAUUUAGCCGUGUUUAUCCAAUCGAGCUUGGGUUAGGAAAGCGAGUGGUAGAAAAACCAAUCGGCUACAAAAGAAAAGAUAUUCUAAGUGCACUGAAUAAGGCGCUGGAGACGCUCAAUCGUAAUGCAAGUUCGUCAGCGCAGCGUUACACUUUGGACGACUUUAUCGAAGGUAUUUAUCGAAACGAGCCAACUACUGGUACACAGUACGAGCUGUACUUUCGCACGAAGGAAUCCGCUAAUCGCAGUCAGCAACAGCAACAGAUUGCACAGCAUCACGAAUCACAUGGUACUACGAAGCUUAUAGUCAUGCGACCCUUUGCCUCACUGCAGACAGUCCAACUGGAAGCGUAUUCAAAACACCAAGAAAAGGAAAUAAUUUACAUUAUCCUGCCCUUGUCCGGACGCACCAUCACGUUUCAAAGCUUUAUGGAGAAAUACGUAAAGAUCGCGCUCAAACACGAUAAACGUGUACACCUUACUGUCGUGUAUUUCGGCGAGGAAGGCUUAGCUGAGGCACGUACAAUUAUGAGUAGAGUAAUCGGAAUGAAAAACAGCGGAGCUACGAACUCUAAUUUGAAGCUGCUCGCAUUAAAUGAAACGUUCUCCAGAGCCAAGGCGUUGCGAGUGGGUGCAGAAAAUGUGUGGAGUUCACAGGCAGAUAAAAACAACGACAUAUUAUUAUUCAUGUGUGAUGUAGAUAUCGUUUUUAGCGCCAAGUUUCUAGAUAGAUGUAGAUGGAACACCAAGCCAAAUAAAAAGGUCUAUUAUCCAGUUGUCUUCAGUCUCUAUAAUCCUCAUGUCGUGUACACACUACAGGGCAAAGAUGUGCCUCCCGAGACUGACCAGCUAGUCAUUUCGAAGGAUUCCGGAUUUUGGCGGGAUUUUGGUUACGGUAUGACUUGUCAAUAUCGCUCUGACUUUUUACGAGUUCGAGGCUUUGACGAGGAGAUCAUUGGUUGGGGUGGAGAGGAUGUGAUGCUUUAUCGAAAGUACGUGAGAUCACAUAUAAAAGUGAUAAGAGCUACCGAUCCUGGAGUCUUUCAUAUUUGGCAUCCGAAGGUGUGUACCGGUCCAGUGAUGUCCGUCACCUCAAAUCAACGGCUUACUCUCGACCAAUACCGGGCCUGCAUUCGGUCACGAGCACUCAAUGAAGCAUCACACGCACAACUAGGAUUUCUAGCCUUCCGGGAUGAUAUCGCGGCCAAUGAAUACAUAUUAGCACAGGGUGCCAAACUAAACCAAGAGUCAUCUACGACCAAAACUAACCUUACUCAUCCGGAUAAUCCUUUCGUUCAUAGUCCCACGAAUUCCAUUAGAGAUAGUGUAAUGGUUCCGAACGGUUCGAGCUGGACACCAAAUAAAGGCAUCGACAGUAAGAAGGCUACAUGAUCGUUCAUGACAAAGCAUCAGGAGAGCAUAUGGAGGAUGGAAUUUUAGCAUUGGGGCAAUGACAUCGAUAAUGAUCCUUUGUAUCCUCUUCUGAAUUUGACAACUUUAAUUAAUUUUGCGUAUAAUCCCUGAUGGUAAAGGACGGAAAGAACAAUACAUGUGUCAUCUAUUAUGAUUAUUCAUUUCACGCCAAAUGUACAAUCCUGACAAUGCCGAUCGAUAAAGGAUAUUAUCAGUUGAGUUCUAUGUACAUAGCGCUGUAUAUAAAUAACACAGCGAGUAAGGACGUUUUUUAUUCAGUAGGAUGCUGAGGAUAGGAUUGCUUAAUAAUGAACGUUUUUUUUUAAUUAUAAAAAUGUCAUAGGCGAAAUCUUUUUUGAAGUUUACAUUGAUAUGAGUCGUUGGAUUGAUUUUUGGCAAUGCAUGAGUUAAUUUAAAUACUCAUACAUAAAAUAUAACUGGAAAGAUAAUAGUGCGAUAGUUAAGAAUGAAAAAGAAUUUACACUUGAUUAAAUAUAUUUGCUUUGUUAACUUACUUAGCUGUAUCAACCGCAAUUGAUUAUUCAGUACUAACGGCUAUUUCACAUUACUUAUUAAAUAAUAGCUUAUAACUUGUUCAAAUCCAAACAGUUUUUACCUAGUUUUAAGUAGUAAGACUAGUAGCUGCUCACAAUUUGCAUUAACUAUUAUGUUUAUUUUUCAUGACUUUCCAGAAUACAUGAUGUAUGCUGUGUGUGAGUGAGAAAAUUUGAAUAGUGCGCAAAAGAAAUGUUCUAACGUUACAACAGUUAUACAAUUAUCCGUAGGAGCAUAGAAUCGUAAAGAAACAAACAUGCCACAGUGCAUUCAUUCCAAAUUGAAUUUCAAAUGAAGGCCUUUGAAACCUGAGGUUUGUUAGGCAGUAUGGGCACAUAAACAUUACUAAUUUACUAUUUUCCUUUAUUUUGAUAGUGACGAUAAUCAUAUCAUAGGGUAUGGAAAUUGUUCAAAGAUGAAAUAAAAUUGAAAUGAAAUAAACAAGAAUAGUACAUCCGCUGUCGAACUGUAUAUACCAUUCAAUUGUUGCGUAAAACUUUAUGAAACAUAACAUCAACGAUCCCCAAAUUUUUACGAUAAUAGCGUAGACCGCCACAUAAGUACGGCAUACUUCUUUAGUUUUCCUUCUGAUAUGUUUAACAAUUUCCCAACAAAAAAGAAAAAUGCAAUCGAUUGUAAUUUAUUGCGCGAUGAAAGAAAACAGUAAGCGAACUAUCAGUGCUAAAACAGUUUAUAAUUAUAACUGCACAAAACAAAGCCAAAGAUAAAUAACCAGAUAUAAAUAAACAGACAUAAGGAACUA